AUGUCACUCAGUCCUGUCCUCGUGGUUGGUGCAUUAUAUGCGACCUUCCUGGUCUUGCGUUACCUUGUUCAGUUACACCAACAUCGUAAACAAUCUAAAUCCCUGCAUUGUCAACCUUGUGCGACCGGUUCGUCCAACUUCUUCGGUAUUCUGGCGUUUAUUCGUUUGAGUAAAGCCGUGCGUGAAAAGCGCUGGAUCGACUAUUUAGCCAAUCAAUAUUCCAUCUAUGGAAAUACCUUCCGACAAAGAAUGUUUGGUCGAGAGAUCAUGACGACCAUUGAACCGGCCAAUGUGAAGGCUAUCCUGGCGACUCAAUUCCAGGAUUUUUGCCUCGGCACCAGACAUGAGCAGUUCUAUCCUCUUCUCGGAGAUGGUAUCUUUACGCUAGAUGGAGCGGGAUGGUCGCAUGCCAGAGGACUAUUGCGACCACAAUUUACCAGAGACCAGGUCGCCGAUCUAGCCCUCCUAGAGGACCACAUCAACCACCUCCUCGACCUCAUCCCCAAAGACAGAACAGGAUUCGAUAUCCAGCGCCUAUUCUUCCUUCUAACCCUCGACUCAGCCACCCACUUUCUCUUCGGCGAAUCAGUAGGCUGCAUGCUCCCCGAAUCCGAAACAACCGGCGUGCUCGCCAAAUCCGCCGUCCGCAACGCUCAAGGCUUCGCCGACGCAUUCACAAUCGCGCAAGACUACCUCGCUUCUCGAGCACGCGCCCAAGGACUCUACUGGCUCGUCAACCCAAAGGCAUUCCGCGAAGCAAACAGCCAAGUCCACGAAGUAGUCGACCACUACGUGAACGUCGCGCUACAAUCCAAGCGUAAUGCCGACUGCAAGAAUAACAGUCGCUACAUCUUCCUCGAUGCACUCGCCGCCGACACCGAUGAUCCGAAGAUAUUACGCGAUAACAUGUUGAACAUCCUCCUCGCCGGGCGUGAUACGACAGCCAGUCUACUAAGCUCCACAUUCUACUAUCUCGCCCGGCAUCCAAAUGUCUUUAUCCGACUCCGUCACGAGAUCGUCGACGUAUUCGGGGAUUCUAAGAACCCACAAGAGAUCACACACACAAAGCUUAAAGACAUUUCUUACCUCCGAUACGUCCUCAACGAAACCCUCCGCCUUCAACCGCCGGUCCCGAUAAACUUCCGGGUCGCAACGAAGAAUACCUCCCUCCCAGUCGGUGGUGGACCGGACCAACAAUCCCCUAUCUAUAUUAAGAAGGGAACGAUGUGCUCUUACAACGUCUACGCCAUGCACCGCCGCACAGAUCUAUGGGGUAAGGAUGCACGCUCCUUCCGACCGGAACGGUGGGAGGAGAACGCUAAACAUGGAUGGGAGUAUUUACCUUUUAACGGUGGACCUCGGAUAUGUCUCGGGCAGCAAUAUGCGCUUACCGAGGCGAGUUAUACGGUUGUUAGACUUUUGCAGGCUUUUGAUACACUUGAGAAUGCUGAUCCGAGACUCGGGUUGGAUGAAGAGCCUGUUAAGCAGUCUAAUUUGACUAUGAUGCACGAUGCUGGGGUUUCGGUGCGGUUGUAUUCUUCGAAUAGGGUUUAG